GAAGCGCCCAUGACAGCUUGGUGUUGGUGUUGGAAAUCAUCGUCCGUGCAAAGUGAAAAAGAAAAGGUUUUUGGUUUUGUUCUUUCUCAGCUGAACGGCUGAAAGUGUGAAAAUCGUGCAAAUCGUUUUGCUAGCCUGACGCAUAGCUGCAGCGUAAAGUAUUUGAUCGUAGGUGUUUUUACGCCGGAGCAACGCUUCACCGACCCGUCCGUCGCGGCCUAAUUAGCGACCGAAUCAUCCAUCGGUUCGCGAUACGAUCGUAUUUAUUUUUUGCCUCUUCCUGCACCCGUAACCUAUCUUGUGCGUUGCUCUUCGGGCUCAGUUUGUCGUGGUCCAUAGCCUUUUUCGGUGUAGUGUGAAGCUCCAUCCAUCGAUAGAUAAGAGGAGUGUGGUGAUUCGGUUUGAGGUAGUGUCGCGGUACAGGCGACUACGAAGAGGAUAAGAAAACGGAGCACUCCGGAUCCGGCCGUCGGAAGUUGUCGUGGAUGUUCUUGCGUAUCCUUUUUCGUUGCUGUAACGAUAAAGACAUGAGUGCAUUGAACAAAUCCACUGGCCUAACGGAGAAUGGAGGGUUACAUAAUGACCGCGUGGCAAUACUGGACGCCGGAUCACAGUACGGGAAGGUAAUCGACCGUAAGGUGCGCGAACUCAAUGUAAAAUCAGAUAUUUUACCUCUGGAAACAUCUGCCUUAAAACUCAAAGAACUCGGCUACCGAGCAGUUGUUAUAUCCGGUGGACCCAACUCUGUCUACGCCGAGGAUGCGCCAAAGUAUGAUCCCGAUAUUUUUAAGUUAGGCUUACCGAUACUAGGUAUUUGCUAUGGAAUGCAAAUUAUCAACAAAGAGUUUGAUGGAACCGUACAGAAAAAGGACAUCCGCGAAGACGGCGAACAUGCGAUAGAAGUUGAAGAAAGCUGUCCAUUGUUCAAACGCAUGCAGCGUUCACAGAAGGUUUUGCUCACUCACGGCGAUAGUAUCGAUCGAGUAGGAAGCAAGCUGAAGGUGGGAGCUUAUUCCUCAAACCGCAUCGUUGCCGCGGUUUACAACGAACAACUGCGUAUUUACGGUGUGCAGUUUCAUCCGGAGGUUGACCUAACCGUGAACGGCAAACAGAUGCUCUCUAAUUUCCUGAUGGACAUUGCGGGUAUGCAGCCGAACUUUACGAUGCGUAAUCGCGAAGAAGAAUGCAUUGCGUACAUUAGGGAGCAUGUGGGUAACAGUAAGGUGUUGCUGCUGGUAAGUGGUGGUGUGGAUUCUACUGUUUGUGCAGCAUUGCUAAGACAUGCCUUAAAACCGGAUCAAGUCAUUGCCGUUCACAUCGAUAAUGGUUUUAUGCGCCUGAAUGAGAGUGCGAAUGUGGAAAAAUCGUUGCGUGAGCUGGGGGUCGAUUUGUUCGUAAAGAAUGCGAUCUACAAGUUCAUGAAGGGUACGACCACAAUCAAACUUCCCGGUUCCUUAUAUAAUCAGGACACACAGAUGCUGUGCCAGACGAUCAGUCCGGAGGACAAGCGCAAGAUUAUUGGCGAUGUUUUCGUGAAGGUGUCCAACGACGUGCUGCGCGAGAUGAAUCUGAACGCGGACGAAGUGUACUUGGCCCAGGGUACCCUUCGGCCCGACCUUAUCGAAUCCGCCUCUACGUUGGUUAGCGCGAAAGCCGACACGAUCAAGACGCAUCACAAUGAUACAGAACUGAUACGGAAGCUGCGGGAGGCAGGGCGUGUGAUUGAGCCGUUACGAGACUUUCACAAGGAUGAAGUGCGACAAUUAGGCUACUCGCUGGGACUGCCGGCUCAUUUGGUCGAGCGGCAUCCCUUCCCCGGUCCCGGGCUAGCCAUCCGAGUGCUCUGCGCUGAGGAAGCAUUCAUGAAAGACUAUUCAGAGACGCAAGUCAUUGUUAAAGUGAUAGUGGACUAUAAAAAUAAGCUUGAGAAAAAUCACGCCCUGUUGAACCGUGUUUCCGGAACAACCACCAAGGAAGAUCAACAGCAGCUUUGUCGUAUAUCUAGUAACAUCAAAUUGAAUGCUACUCUACUGCCAAUAAGAAGCGUAGGGGUUCAAGGCGAUAAACGCUCUUACAGCUACGCGGUGGGUCUCUCGAGCAAAGAUGUUCCAAAUUGGCAAGACAUGCUCUUCCUAGCCAAGCUAAUACCGCGUAUUCUGCACAAUGUGAAUAGAGUAUGCUAUAUCUUUGGGGAUGUGGUCCAGUAUCCGGUGCAGGACAUAACCCACACACUCCUUACAGAAAGCGUCGUUUGUCAGCUACGUCAAGCCGAUAGCAUCGUUAAUAAGAUUUUGAUGGAACACGAAUGUAUGCGUAAAAUUUCUCAAAUGCCUGUCAUCCUGAUACCAAUCCACUUUGAUCGAGAUCCGGCGCAAAAAACCCCAUCCUGCAUGCGAUCGGUAGUGUUGCGACCUUUCGUUACAAACGAUUUCAUGACCGGUGUGCCAGCGAUUCCCGGAACCGAUAGGUUACCGACAAAUGUACUACAAAAAAUGGUAGAUGAAUUGUCCAACAUGCCGGGAAUCUCUCGAGUACUGCUAGACCUGACGUCGAAACCACCAGGGACAACCGAGUGGGAAUGAUUCCCCUUAUAUCAGACAUCCUUUCCCCUGUACGUGCACCAACUUCGCCACCAAUCUGAUAACGAACGAUUAACAGAUUAAACGAAGAAAUAUCACCAGCAUCAUUGUAGACAGCGCCGUCUGCGCUGUCGUUUGCAUUAUUUGCCGCUGUUAUUGUUGCUAUUCCCGCACGCGCUAAGCGCAUUCCUUUGGAUUAUUUAGGCAAACAUCAAGACAACUACCACUCACACACACACACAUACACAUACACACACACACACACACACACACACACACACACACACACACACACACCACAAAAUGGUCUUGAAAACGUUUCCCGAACUUAAGUUUUUCGUAUUUUUCAUUACCGACCACUGUUAUGCCUCUUAUAUCUGUUAAUCUAAUAAUUUCAAGGCGUAAUCUUUUGCCAUACAACAUAACUCACCAUGAUGUUUUGCAAACCAAUAAUAAAACACAAUAACGUCCGGUACGAAAUUUGAAUAAACGUCAGUGCAUCCACUCAAGAACUGAUAAAA